AUGAAUGAGAGAGAAAGAAAGGAGCAAAAAAGGGUAAGUGAGAAAGAGACACUAAAUGUGAAAGUUCCUAACUCUGCUUCUAGUGGGGUGUUUUUGGUAACCGGGUUAAGUACAAGUGAAGGCAAGAGCAUUUCCAAGUUUCCAAGGAUUGAGGGUUCGGGUCCUCGUCAUGCAGUAUCAAGACAUUUGAAUGCGUCUAUUAGGAGGGAGUCGGGUCGUUCGGUAAAUACGGGGGCACCGUAUAAUCAUGAGCAGCAAUAUGGGUCUGCUGGGAUGUGGUCGGGGGAGCAUCAGUCGCAAGAGAUCCCCCCCAUGUACUCGUCAGGCCAAGUGCCGACAUCUGACGAGAAGGACGAUGAGCGGGCAAGCCAGGCAGAUCGAGAUAAAGAGUACGACCCUCAGGAUUAUCAUACGGUGCAUAGGGGUCAGCAAGGGCGAUUUGUGAGUAGCAGUCAGGCGAGUCAGCCUUCCAUCAGCUCAGCAGAGGCAUGGGUAGUUCAGCAGCCGAUGCUAGGUGGUCCUGAGGAUGGUACUGUUAUCCCCAGUUUUGGUGGUCACGUGGCUGCGACACAGUUGUAUUCUGCAUUGGUUACCUGGCGAGGCCGUCUUGCACAAGAGCAUCUGGAGCUGAUUGACGGUAGUGGUCUGUCUCACUUACCAGGGAUCAUGUUUAGGCAUUUUGACUUGCCGUUGAUUUCUGCGUUUGUUGAGAGAUGGCAGCCAGAUACGAACACCUUUCAUAUGCCAUUUGGGGAGAUCACGAUCAUGCUGCACGAUGUGUACCAUAUUCUUGGGCUUCGUGUUGAUGGAUCCAUGGUUUCCACUAUUCCUAGCACGGACGUCAUACGGGACGCGUGCCAGGUUACCCUGGACAUGACUGCGGAAGAGCUGAACGAGAAGUGUGGUACGAAGACCAUUUGGCAGGGUAGUGGGAUGCUGACCGAGAGGAUUAUGGACUCGACCUUGGAGGAGCAGAGGCCCUUCAGUGUCCAUUACAGUGCCUACAUGUGGUUAGUACUGGGCGGAUGUCUGUUUUUGGACAAGAGUGGUAACCGCACUCAUCCUUCCUUCCUCAACGAGCUUGUUGUUGAGGAUCUGCAGAUUAGUGACUACUCUUGGGGUUCAGCUGCUCUGGCAUAUCUGUAUCGCCAGUUGGGUACGGCAUCAAGAAAAGAUGCCGAUUCAAUCGCUAGUUGUCUCAUGCUUCUGCAGGCGUGGAUCUACGAGUACUUUCCGUGCUUCCGCCCUCAGCAGGGUACCUUGACGAGGGAGCUUAGUAUUCCUCGUGCGUGUGCUUGGGAUGUGGGAUCGGGAUGCUCGAACAAGAGCAUAGAGCACCUCCUCGCUUUUCGUGCUCGAUUGGAUCAGCUAACCGACAAUGAGGUCAACUGGUUACCGUACGGAGUUGAUCCCGCUCGACGCGUGCCGGCCACUCUAUUUAUAGGCUGCAUCCAGUACCGGAGCAUCAUUGAGCCAUACAUGCCUGAUCGAGUGGUCCGACAGCUUGGAUUCGUGCAGGACAUUCCGCGAACCAUUAUCAGGCCUGAGAAGGCCAAGAGACCGACGAACUUGAAGAUGUAUCGGGUUGACUUUCCGAUCGAGAUGACAUCUGUGAUGUGGACUCGGUUUGUCCCUGGUUCGUCUUUCAGUGUGGUCUUAGGUGCCCUCACCAGACUUGGUGCUGGAGCUCCUACGGUCGCUCCUGGUUACAUGCAGUGGAUGUACCGAUUUUUUCAUCCUCGUCUAUCUCCUGGUGGGUCAUCAGAUGGGAGUACUAGACUACCUGAGAGGACUAACACGGAUUAUUGGAUGGGUCGAUCCAUGGAGGUUAUCAACAGGUCACUGGAAGAGUAUCCCAACAUGUCGCGUGAUACGAGGGCAAUGGUUGUGCAGCUACGAGCUUACGGGAAGGCGAUGAUGGGGUUGUGA